AUGAACAGCUUUGUAAUAGAUGAACAAAUUUUGAUAAAUCUUAAUCAAACAUUUUCUGGAAGGUCAACAAUUUUCUUUAUUCUUUACAAAGAAACGAGUCAUGUUUCGCUUUUCAAAAUUAUAGGUGAAAAUUUAUGUUGUCGAGAGCUUUACAAAACUGUUUCAUGUAGGUGUGCAGAUACCAUUAUAAGCGGAUGGGUUACAACAGCACAUUGA